CAGAAACUUGAGGGAAAAAAUCUUGGCAUCAAAAAGCCAUAACUCUCCAUGAUGGACGAGGGGCGGCGGGGGCGGGGUGUCGGGGCGGCGGGGGCGGGGUGUCGGGGUGACUGGGUGACGGAGGGCGGCGUGAAGGUGUCGGGGUGACGGAGGGCGACGUGGAGGUGUCGGGGUGACGGCUUGGAGAGUGGAAAAUUGGGGCGUUGAGGGAAGGAGAAAAGAGUGUGCUGAACAGAAGCGAGGAGGGAUGAAUGGAGAAGGAAGGACGCGAGGCAGGAAAGGAGUGUGAGUGGCGGGGCGGCGGAGAGCCACGGGAGGGCAGGUAGUUAGUUGUGGCCAAGCCUCGGAGCGGAGGAGUGCUCGGCGCCGUACUCAGCUUAGUGACUGGCGGCCCGUCGCCGCAGCCGCUGUCCCGCCGCAGCACCUGGCGACCAGGCACCAGUUAUACCUGUGCCGCCCUUAGGCAGGGAUCGUUUAAGUGUGGGGGAAAGUGUUGCCAAGCGCUUCCACGCCCUCCAAGCACCCGCAAGGGAGAGCGGCGGGGCGCAAUGACGCGCGUGCCGCGGGCCUGAGGCGCCAUGGAGGCCGAGGAGGCGCUGCAGGAGGCCGGGGCGGCGCUGCAGGCCGAAGCGACGGGCAGUGUGAACCUAACGGAGACCGCGGAGCUGCGGACGGUGGACGUGGUGCAGGCAUGGGUGACGCCCGCCCUGGUGGUCGUGGGCGUGGCCGGCAACGUGGCCAGCGUGCUGGUGCUCAGCUCGCCCAAGCUGCGGGCGCUGAGCUCCUCGUGCUACCUGUCGGCCCUGGCGGUGUCGGACACGGGCUUCCUGGCGGCGCUGCUGCUGUCGUGGCUGAGCCUGGUGGGCCACGACCUGUACGGGCGGCCCGGCUGGUGCCAGGGCAUCGUGUACGCCACCUACGUUACCACCUUCCUCAGCGUGUGGCUCGUUGUGGCCUUCACCGUGGAGCGCUUCGUGGCCGUGUGCUACCCGCUGCUGCGCACCGCCGUCUGCACCGUGCGCCGCGCCCGCCUGGUGGUGUUGUGCCUCGUGCUCACCGCCCUGGCGCUCUACUCCUACCUCCUGGUGGUGGCGGCGCCCAUGCCGCACCCCAGUGCCGCGGGCCGCGCCCUUUGCCAGGUGCGUCCCGCCUACCUGGGCGUGGCGGGCGCCAUGAACCACCUGGACACCGUGGUGGCGCUGCUGCUGCCGGUGCUCACCAUCGUCACGCUCAACGUGCAGAUUGCGCGCUGCGUGUGGCGCGUCGAGCGGCUGCGCUCCUCCAUGACCCAGCACGCACCCGCCCCGACCUGCCCCGACGGCCAGGCAGCGGGGUCAGGCCCAGAGACGCGGCCCAGGCCGGGGCCGGGGCCUCGCCGCGGCCAGCACAAAGUCACAAAGAUGCUGCUGGUCAUCUCCACGGUGUUUAUCUCCCUCAACCUGCCGUCCUACUGCAUGAGGGCCUACGUCUUCUUCUGGUGUGGCGGGGACAGCCUCUGCGACAAAUCCGCCACCACGUACACGCUACAGCAAACCUUCACGCUGCUAUUCUACACGAACUUCGCCGUCAACUUUCUCCUCUACUGCGUGACGGGACAGAACUUCAGGCGCGCGGUGGCCGUCUCCUGCUGCUCCUUCGCCACCGCCGCCACCAGCAGCCGCCGCCGCCGCCGCCGCCACCGCCACAGCAGCCGCCACGAUAUGCUGCGUCAAUCCACCCACAGCACGAGCCAACGACGGUCUUUUAAUGCCCUCGGAAAUUCUCGCAAAGGGUCGGGAGGCGUCAUCAUCAACCUCAAGCUGUGGGACCCGCCGCCGCCGCAACCCGUCCAGCCCAACCCCCCCAAGCCCGCCCAACUAGACAGCGGCGCACAACCCAACGACCCUCCGCCCGCCUCCAAUGGGCUGACGGGCGUGACGCAGCUGGGGGACGAUAAAGAGGACUACUUCUGAAGGGAGGGGAGAGAGAGAGAGAGAGAGAGAGAGAGAGAGAGAGAGAGAGAGAGAGAGAGAGAGAGAGAGAGAGAGAGAGAGAGAGUGGUGAUAGAAAGGGAAGGGAAAGGAAAGGAAGUAGAAAGGGAGAGAACGUAAGAGGAAGUGGAAAGAAAAUAGAUAGACAGAUAGAUAGAUAGAUAGAUAGAGAAAGGUAGAGGUAACAAGAGAGAGAGAGAGAGAGAGAGAGAGAGAGAGAGAGAGAGAGAGAGAGAGAGAGAGAGAGAGAGAGAGAGAGAGAGAGAGAGAGAGAGAGAGAGAGAGAGAGAGAGAGAGUAGGCUUAUUAUACGAGAAUAUUAUGAUGUCGAAGGGAAGAAUCGAUAAUGUCAUAUCCGUAAAAGUUAAUGUAGAUAGACAGACAGAUAGGUAGUUAGAUAGACAUAGAUAGAUAGACAGGUAGAUAGAUAGAUAGACAGAUAGAUAGAUAGACAGAUAGAUGGGUAGACAGAUAGAUAGAUAAAUUGAUAGAUAGAUAGAUAGAUAUAGACAGAUAGAUAGAUAAAUUGAUACAGAUAAAUAGAUAGACAGAUAGAUAGAUAGACAGAUAGAUAGAUGGACAGAUAGAUAGAUAGAUAGAUAGAUAAGUAGAUAGAUAGAUAGAUAGAUAGAUAGAUAGACAGAUAGAUAGAUAUACACAAAAUUACCAACACACACACACACACACACACACACACACAAUAUAGGAAGGGUAGAUUAGCAUAUUGUAGACAAGACAUUAGAUUAGAAAUGUUAAUAUAAUCAAAUAUGUAUAUACCGUUAAUGUAUAUAUGUAUCUAUGUAUUUAUGUAUGUAUGAAUGUAUGUAUGUAUGAAUGUAUGUAGGCCUAUGUAUGUGUAAGCUUUUUAUGUAUUCCUCAUGUGUGAUUUCCUGUGUGUGUGUAAAUUUGUUUAUGUAUGUGUGUGUAUGUGCAUGUAUGUAUGUAUGUAUGUAUGUAUGUGUGUAUGUGCGUUUCUCGUAGCACUACAUACACAGUGCUAAAUAAAAACAGUACAAUUAAGGCAAAUAAAAAAGAAUAAUAUAUGUACACACACACACACACACACACACACACACACACACACACACACACACACACACACACACACACACACACACACACACACACCAAUCAUUAAAUGUGUUGACGGAUUGUGUUUUUUUUCUUCUAAACAUCCUCUUGAGAAUAACAACAACAAUAACAACAAAAAGAAGAAGAAUAAGAAGAAGAGGGAUAAGAGAGAACAAGAAAAGAAAUAAUAAAAAGGAAGAAAAG